CAACGCUUAAGGAGCGCAGCAGUCGCCGUCACCGUCAAACCGUCAUCGAUGAAGAAGUCCAAAUCCUACAAACUGGAGGCCCCCGAUGGUGGUUGGGGCAUCCUGGUGUGCAUUGGCAUGGCCCUGCCGUUCGCGAGCGCCUUGGCUGCUCUGCCAUCGUUUGGUCUCGUGUUCGGCGACUUCCUGAAGAGCAUUGGCGCAGAGACGAGUGCCAUGGCCAUCAUCACCAGCGCCUUCUUUUCGGCCAUGAGUUUUGCUGGCUUAUUUUCGGGCUCGCUGUUCCAGCGCUUCGGCAUGCGAGCGGUGGGCGUCACGGGCGGCAUCCUGUAUUUUCUGGGCACGGGCAUGCAGCUGUUUGCCACCACAACGAUGCAUCUGAUGCUGGCCUUCAGCUUGGUGCAGGGCCUGGCCUUUGGCCUGAUGGUGCCCACCUGCUACACGACCUUCAAUCAUUACUUCGUCAAGAAUCGGGUGAUGUGGAUGAGCUUUGCCCAGACGCUGAUCGGCCUGGGAUCGAUGCUCUAUCCGAUUGUGAUGCAGAAACUGAUGCAGUGGUAUGGCUUCCGUGGCUGCCUGCUCAUCCUUACCGGCCUCAAUGCCCAUGCCGUGCUGGGCAUGCUCGUAAUGCAUCCCGUCGAGUGGCAUAUGCGUCGUGUGCCCCUCAGCGAGGAGGAACUGCAGCUGCAGGAGACCGCCAAAGGGGUGGUGGUGGUACGCAUCCAGCCAGAGACUCCGCUCAAGGCCACCGAAGAGGAGCCCAAGUUUCUGCGGCGCCUCUCGCAUGCCGAGGAGCAGCACAUGCUGAAGGUCAUCUCCAGUCGAGCGUCGAGCAUCACCAGCCUGGGCAACUGGUCCGGCCCUGUCGUCGUCAGCGAUGCCUCGCCCCAAAUGCUCCACAGCCUGCAGGCAUCCAGGCGCCCAUCGAUGACCAAUAACACGGCUCCCGAUCUGCCCAAAAAGGGAUGCAUCCGCUCUGUUGUGGACUUUCUCGAUCUGACGCUGCUGAAGAAGCCCAUCUACGUGAACAUUGUGCUGGGCAUCACCUUUGCCCUCUACUCGGACAUCACGUUCUUUACCAUGCAGCCGGUCUAUCUAUUUGAAUUGGGAUACAGCAAGCCGGACACUGCUACUAUUAUAGCAAUUGGAGCAGCCGCCGAUUUGGCUUCGCGAAUUUUUCUGGCCAUUACCGCUGUUUGCAUACAGGUGCCCUCCCGAUAUAUUUACUUGGCCGGAGCUGUGCUCACAGUCUUUGCCAGAUUCUUUUUCAAUGGCAUCACGGAGUUCGUUGGAAUGGCCUGCAUCACGGGAGUUAUUGGCUUUUUGCGCACGUGGCUGCAUGUGCCGCUGCCUCUGGUUUUUGCCGACUACUUGCCAAAGGAGAGAUUCGCCACCGGCUACGGAUUGUUCAUGUUUACGCAGGGAAACGCCAUGUUUCUCAUUGGACCGAUCGUCGGCAUUAUCCGCGACAAGACACGAGAUUAUUUAUUAGUUUUUAAUAUAUUGAACGGGUUCAUGAUUCUGUGCGCUGUCCCCUGGGUCAUCGAGGUGCUUAUUGUUAAAUUCCGGCGACGCAACAAAAUCGCUCGCAAUAAUGUCGAUCACGAGGAUGUUCCCGACGCGGGCCGCACUACAAUUGUUCACUGAGUACCACUCACACUCACUUGUAUUCACUGCUUGAAAUAAAAAGAGAGUAAACUAUUUAAA